UGAGUGAGUGAGAGAACGAGCCGCCGCCGCAUCUUGUGGAUUUCUUUGCGCAUAACCAGCCCGUGUACAUGCUUCUCCCUGCUCCUCUUCCUCCGUCACGUCCACGCCACGAGUUGGUUUCACUUCUCGGAGAAAGAUGUGGCAUCGCGCAUUAGCGACAGUCCUCGUUUUGUUGCGUUUUGCGGGUCACUCGCUGGCAGGUUUUCCGAAUCAGAUCAACAUCGGUGGACUUUUCAUGCGCUCUACAGUGCAGGAGCACAGCGCCUUCAGGUUUGCUGUGCAGCUGUACAACACCAACCAGAAUGCGACGGAGAAACCCUUCCACCUCAAUUACAAUGUCGACAACCUGGAGUCCUCAAACAGCUUCUCUGUCACACAUGCCUUCUGCUCCCAGUUCUCCCGGGGAGUCUACGCCAUCCUCGGCUUCUACGACAGGAAGUCCAUGAACACGCUGACCUCCUUCUGUGGGGCGCUGCACACCUCCUUCAUCACGCCCAGCUUCCCCAUCGAUGCUGAUGUGCAGUUCGUCAUCCAGAUGAGGCCCGGUUUGCGAGGGGCUGUCCUCAGUCUGCUGGACCAUUACAAGUGGGAGAAGUUCGUCUACCUUUACGACACUGAUAGAGGUUUUGCAAUCCUCCAGGCCAUCAUGGAGUCGGCUGUAGCCAAUAACUGGCAGGUGACAGCCCGCUCGGUGGGGAACAUUGUGGACCCCACUGAGUACAGACGCAUCAUCGAGGAGAUGGACCGGCGGCAGGAGAAACGCUUCCUCAUCGACUGUGAGGUGGACCGGAUCAACUCCAUACUGGAGCAGGUGGUGAUCGCGGGAAAGAACAGCCGAGGAUACCACUACAUCCUCGCCAACUUGGGGUUUUCAAACGUGAGCCUGGACCGGGUCUUUGCUGGUGGAGCCAACAUCACAGGCUUCAAGAUCAUCAACCCAGACAGCGUCAUCGUCCAACAGUUCCUCCAGCGCUGGGAGCGCCUGGAUGAAAGAGAAUUUCCAGAAGCCAAAAACACUCCGCUGAAGUAUACAUCAGCGCUGACCCACGACGCCAUCCUUGUGAUUGUGGAGGCCUUCCGGUACCUGCGGCGGCAGCGAGUGGACGUGUCUCGCAGGGGGAGUGCGGGCGACUGCCUCGCCAACCCCGCCGUGCCCUGGAGCCAAGGCAUCGACAUCGAGAGAGCCCUCAAAAUGGUCCAAGUACUUGGUAUGACGGGAAACAUCCAGUUUGACACAUUUGGUCGACGAACUAAUUACACUAUCGAUGUGUACGAGAUGAAAACAGGAGGCCCGAGGAAGAUCGGCUACUGGAAUGAGUACGAAAAAUUUGUAUAUAUAAUGGAUCAGCAGGUCACCAACGAGUCCUCUUCUGUGGAAAACCGAACAAUUGUGGUCACUACUAUUAUGGAAGCUCCGUAUGUGAUGUACAAGAAAAACUAUAUGCAGAUGGAGGGGAAUGACAGAUAUGAAGGCUACUGUGUCGAUUUAGCUUCUGAAAUUGCAAAACAUGUGGGGAUAAGAUAUAAGCUGUCAGUAGUUCCCGAUGGGAAGUACGGCGCCAGAGACCCAGAGACCAAGACCUGGAACGGCAUGGUGGGAGAACUGGUUUACGGGAGAGCUGACAUAGCCGUGGCUCCUCUAACUAUAACACUGGUGCGGGAGGAAAUGAUAGACUUCUCUAAGCCCUUCAUGAGCCUGGGCAUCUCCAUUAUGAUUAAGAAGCCUCAAAAGUCCAAACCCGGGGUGUUUUCCUUCCUGGACCCGCUGGCCUAUGAGAUUUGGAUGUGUAUAGUCUUUGCCUAUAUUGGCGUGAGUGUGGUGCUCUUCCUGGUGAGCCGGUUCAGCCCAUAUGAGUGGCAUCUCGACGAGAACGAUGAGGCCAAAGACCCUCAGAGCCCCCCAGACCCUCCGAACGACUUUGGGAUUUUUAAUAGCCUGUGGUUCUCCCUGGGCGCCUUCAUGCAGCAAGGAUGCGAUAUCUCGCCAAGGUCUCUGUCCGGGCGCAUCGUCGGAGGAGUGUGGUGGUUCUUCACCCUCAUCAUCAUCUCCUCCUACACGGCCAACCUGGCUGCCUUCCUCACCGUGGAGAGGAUGGUCUCUCCGAUCGAGAGCGCAGAGGACUUGGCCAAGCAGACGGAGAUCGCCUACGGGACGUUAGACUCAGGCUCCACUAAAGAGUUCUUUAGGCGCUCCAAAAUAGCAGUUUAUGAGAAAAUGUGGUCUUACAUGAAAUCGGCAGAACCGUCAGUGUUUGCCAAGACAACACCAGACGGGGUGUCCCGGGUACGAAAGUCGAAGGGCAAGUUCGCCUUUCUGCUCGAGUCCACUAUGAACGAGUACAUAGAGCAGCGGAAGCCGUGCGACACCAUGAAAGUGGGCGGGAACCUCGACUCUAAGGGCUAUGGCGUGGCCACACCCAAAGGCUCUGCAUUAGGAACUCCUGUAAACCUUGCAGUAUUGAAACUCAGUGAACAAGGCAUCUUAGACAAGCUGAAAAACAAAUGGUGGUACGAUAAGGGUGAAUGUGGAACCAAGGACUCUGGAAGUAAGGACAAGACAAGUGCACUAAGCCUGAGCAACGUGGCAGGAGUCUUCUAUAUUCUGGUAGGAGGGCUUGGCCUGGCUAUGACCGUGGCUUUGAUAGAGUUCUGCUAUAAGUCUCGGCAAGAAACCAAAAGACUGAAGCUGGCAAAGAACGCCCAGAACUUUAAGCCAGCCCCUCCGGCAAACACCCAGAAUUUUGCCACGUACCGUGAAGGCUACAACGUGUACGGGACAGAGAGUGUUAAAAUCUAGAUGAGAUGAAACGUGUCGAUUCCCACUGGUGCAUCUGGAUGGAAACAGCCUCUGUGUGACCCCGACACCUCGCGGCUGGCAUCCUGGGAGCAGCAGCCUUCCUUCUCAUCAGCUUGGACACAAGCCUACAAGUUAACAAGUGCUCAUUUUGGGGUCGUGAGACCCGUCACACUAACAGAGGGCAAUGACGCAACAGGACUCUUUGCUUCUGGAAACAUGGAAGUUGCCUCUUGUAGUGCCUUAUGGAGCAUUUCGGCGUCAUGGCAAUGCAAUUAAAAUUGAAUUCACUUGAAAACAAACAAAAAAGAAAUCUGUGGACGUUGGGCAAACCAUUGCUUCAAAUGACAAUUAGACGAACUGUUGUAAUUUUUUCUAUUUUGAAGAAGAAGAAGAAGAAGUAGAAGAAAAAAAAGCCAUGAAUUGCAAUCAAAACAUCCUGGAGUACUUAUUGAGUCACUGGAAUCCUUUGCUGACAUAUUUUGUGGUGAAAUCUUGAGUUGGAUAAAUGUUAUAUUUAGUGAAGUAAAGUCAUUUUCUUGUUUUACUAUAAGACUAUUUUCAGUGUCAUAAUAUUUAAGACAAGCAUCAAUCGAUAAGGAUAGGUACCAAUAAACCAGACGACAUUUCGCCCCAGUUUUCAUGCAGAAAAAUAUCAAUAAUAUGAAAGUAGUGGUCAUCUUAGGUGGUGUUACUGUGGAAGCCUGAACGUACGACUCUGUUUUCACUUAGACGCUUGUUUUGAAUCAACUUGCUGAGACUGCAUUUGUUUUAACUGCCACACGUUUGCAGCGGGACGGUUUUUUAUUGACAUGAGGUCGACUUUUAAUCACUUGUGCCAUACUUUUAAAUUCAGAGGAAUUAGAAAAAAUCCUUUAGACAUAGGUGGCCGACCCCCCCCCCCCCCCCCCCUUUUGAUGUAAGAGCAUAUUCACAAUGGUUUGACUGGGCUUAUGGUUUACACUUUGUACACACUUAGAAGCUGCUCUCGUGUAAAUGCACCGUCUGCAGCUGUGGAUCUUACUGGUCUACGAUAACACACCACGGCUUCUUUGGUUGUGAUGAGCGGUCCGCGUCCAUAUGCAGCAGGAGAGCUGGUGAACUGUACAUUGAGGAGAGAGCUAUGAAUGAAACAUUUGUCUGUUUGUAUAAGUGAACUUUUUAUAAAACUGAAAGAGGAAAAAAGCAGAAAAAAAAAACACUACAAACCAUGUUCGCCUACAUUCAUUUAGUAUCUCAGACUUUCUCAUCCUUUUUCUUCCCAGAUAAAGUGCAUGUGAAUUUGGUGAGACGUUUUUUCGCCAAAUUGCAAACUCCAGAAGCGGACCCUGGUUUAUUGUCCGCUGACGACGUUAGAUCCACUUUGGUUUUUAGUUUCUCCAGUUCAUUUGUAACAGUACCUCAGCCAUGAGAGUUGCAUGUGUGGACACAGUGAACCUCUGUGGAGAGGACAUGUACAAAGGAUUUUAUUACAUUUCCUUAAUAAAAGCAGGUUUAUAUUCA